CGGGGUCCUCAAGUUGGGUCUGCCAGACCGAGGGCGCGUUUCUGAAUGGCUCAGGGGCACUGCCUUAUUGCGGGACCCCCACGGUCCGGCCCCAGUCUUCUGGGAGGCAGAGAGCCAGAGCAGAGGGUGGGAGCUCAUUCACUCGCAGUCUUGGGGACAAGAACAAGGCGCCUGAACCGGCUGGACGGGGCGACAGCGCGCGUCUUGUUUGCACUUUCCAAAGCUCUUGGGCCACCUCAAGAACUCUUCCUGCAUCUCGGCGCCUGGCAGGGGUGUCUGGAGAGGAGCGGACCUCCCCUCCCCCUAACUACCACUUCCCCCCCGCCCUUCCAACCACCUCUCGGCGCUCGGUCUCCGCCUGGGUGUCGAGACCUCAUUUUCCCAAACUCAGCCGCCGUUCAGCGACCGGCCGGCAGCCUGGGAGUGACCUGAGGGUGGGCCGGGGGGUUGUGCAGGGACAUCUCUACACUGUUCCCAUCCGGGAACAGGGCAACAUCUACAAGCCCAACAACAAGGCCAUGGCAGAAGAGAUGAACGAGAAGCAAGUGUACGACGCGCACACCAAGGAGAUCGACCUGGUCAACCGCGACCCCAAGCAUCUCAACGACGACGUGGUCAAGAUUGAUUUUGAAGAUGUGAUUGCAGAACCAGAAGGGACAUACAGUUUCGAUGGCAUCUGGAAGGCCAGCUUCACCACCUUCACUGUGACGAAGUACUGGUUUUACCGUUUGCUGUCUGCCCUCUUUGGCAUCCCAAUGGCACUCAUCUGGGGCAUUUACUUUGCCAUUCUCUCUUUUCUGCACAUCUGGGCAGUUGUACCGUGCAUUAAGAGUUUCUUGAUUGAGAUUCAGUGCAUCAGCCGUGUCUAUUCCAUCUACGUCCACGCCUUCUGUGACCCGCUAUUUGAGUCUAUUGGCAAAAUAUUCAGCAAUAUCCACAUCAACACGCAGAAAGAAAUAUAAAUGACAUUUCAAGGAUAGAAGUAUAUCCGAUUCUUUUUUUCCCUUUUAAUUUUCUUGGUGCCAAUUUCAAGUUGUUAGCAACAAUAUAUGAAUGAAUUUUCUUGGUUCAGAGCAAAGAAAUCACUCAGUUUUCAUAACUAUUAUUUGUCUCUUCUGAGCUAUGUCUUCUAUUUUUGGGGUGGUAUGAAUUUUUAAAACCCACUUAAAAUAUUUUCCUUACAUUUGGAUCAUUGUUUUAUUGGCUGAGAUAUGAGCCUAUCGUUGAAAGAUAAUUUGAGAGAAAUAUGAAGAACUGAGGAGGAGAAAAAAAAAAAGAACUAACAAC